AAGGGUCCUUCGGACUUCCGGGUGUGUAUAAACAGAUAGCAAACGGACUCGCCUCGCCUGGAAGAUGUCUAAAGUAACGUUUAAAAUCACCCUAACGUCGGACCCCAAGAUGCCAUACAAAGUAUUAAGUGUCCCGGACAGCACGCCGUUCACAGCAGUUUUAAAGUUUGCAGCUGAGGAGUUCAGAGUGCCACCUGCAACCAGUGCAAUAAUAACAAAUGAUGGAAUAGGAAUCAACCCUGCCCAGACAGCAGGGAACGUGUUUCUUAAACACGGCUCAGAGCUUCGCAUCAUUCCCAGAGACAGAGUGGGAGGACAAGGAGACUGAUGCUGCUUUUCCUCGUUGACAGCAUAAUGACUCACACCGGCAGAAUCAUAUAACACUUGAGACCUAGGAAACACCUCAGCGUGUUUCAUAUUUUUUUUUCUGGCCCACAACUGACAGUGACUCACAUGAGAAUAUACAUAUAUAUAUAUAUUUAAACUUAAUGACAUGCAUACACACUUGCAUGCCCCUUGCUUCUUCAUUCUCAGUCAAGUUUUUUUUUUUUCUGUAUGUGUAGUUGCAUCAAAAGAUUGGAGUGGCAUCAAGAGUUUUCAGAGGUAAUGAGUAAUUAAAAAGCAAACGCAGCAGCUGCAUCAUGGGAAACAUUUCAGCUAAGAUUAACAAACAACAAUUCUAGCUUUUGUAUCUUUGUAAAAACAACGACAAAUGCCUAUUUUGCAAUGUUUACCUUUGUUUUUAUUAGCAUUGUUAAUAUGGUAAAGUGAAGUUUUUAAAAGGUAUGCAGAACAUGAUUUAAAGGACCAUUGUCGUUAUAGUAAGUGGCUGUUGAUACUCGAAUUGUCACAUUAGCGGUUCUUUUCUAUGUCAGGCUGUUAUCACUAUUCCUCAAACACAAGAUAAAUAAAUUUGCAUCAUUGAUCUGUA